CGAGCACUUGAUAUUCACUGUGACGUCACGAUUAUAUUUAUCUCACACGGUGCAAGCCUGCAAGGCGAUAUUUAUCGGAACAUGCGACAUUUGGAACCAACAGAACUGCUGGGAUCAGCACUGGCAGUUCGUGGUGCUCAAGACUUUCGGUUAUCAAUGACCCGGCCUUCUCGCCGAUACAUGGGUUAUUGCCGGGGUAGCGCGCCCCUCAAAUGCGCCCCCCAUGGUUGGCCACUCGACGGACAUUUGAACAACAAUCGUCUGGUAGAAGAAUCGAAACAAUGAAACACAUUGACGGUGCUGAGGUCGCGAAGCAUACCAAGAAGAACAACUGCUGGAUUGUGCUAGACUCUCAUGUAUAUGAUGUAACGAGCUUCUUGUCCGAACACCCAGGCGGCGCGCCAAUCAUCUUGAAGAACGCCGGGACUGAUGCGACAGAAGAAUUCAAGAAAUAUCAUCCCCUAAGUUAUCUGAAAGACUACAUCGACCAAAAUACUGUUCUAGGGCCAGUCGACCCAAACACCCUUGGAAAACUACGAGAAACUCAAAAAGAGGAAGCAAAAACGCCAUCAGAGACGAACACAUCACCCGGAAUCCCUCAUGUGUCAUUAUGUGUCCAGACAUCAGACUUUGAGACGGCUGCUAAGGCUGUGCUGCCGCACAAAUCCUACAUCUACGCAUCUGGAUCAGCCAACACUGGCGCAUCGCUGAAGGGCAAUCUCGAUGACUGGGGCCGCAUCACGUUCCGCCCGCGCGUGAUGCGUAACGUAGGCGAUGUUGAUAUGCGCCGCAAGAUAUUUGGCCACAGCUCGUUAUAUCCGUUCUAUGUGUCGCCGAUGGGGACGAUUGGCGCGAUUCACGAUGACGCCGAACCAGCCAUGGUGCGAGGCGCGGUGCGCAAGGGCGCACAUAUGGUUGUCAGCACCGCGAGCACUAAGUCGAGUGAACAAAUCAUGCAGAGCUACAAGGAAGAGCAAGCGCGGAUGAAGAACGGCAGCCCGACGCAGUUGUUCUACCAGUACUACAUGCCGGUGGACCGUCAGAAGGCGAUCGAGCUGAUGCACCUAGUCAAAAGAUCUGGCUACAAGGGUCUUUGGAUCACUGUCGACACACCGGUUCUAGGAAAGCGGACUGCGGAUCGCUAUCUGCAAGCCGAAGAAGCGUUGGCUGUCGGUUUGACGGAAGAGACGACAGCUGAGUGGGAGACCGACAGCUCGCCUGAGAAGGACAACGCAGCAGGCAGCGAUAACGCCUUUGCGCCAGCGAUGGGCGGAAGGGUUGUCCGUGGCCAGCUCAGCCCGCACACGACAUGGGAGGAUCUAGAGUGGAUUCGUAAAGAAUGGGACGGCCCGAUCGUGCUGAAGGGAAUUCAAACCGCAGAUGAUGCGAAGCUGGCGCUGGAUUAUGGGUGCGACGGCAUUCUGCUAAGCAACCAUGGCGGGCGACAGAUGCACACCGCACCGAGCGCGUUGAUGACGUUGCUGGAAAUCCGAACGUACUGUCCUGAGAUUCUGGGCAAGAUCGAGAUCUUCCUAGACGGCGGACUGCGGGAUGGGAACGAUGUGCUGAAGGCGUUGUGUCUAGGCGCGACGGCGGUAGGUGUUGGCAGGCCUUUCUUGUAUGCGCUUGCAGCAUAUGGAACGAAGGGGAUUGACCGUUGCAUUGAUAUACUUGCCGAAGAGCUCCAGACGGGCAUGCGACUGCUAGGUAUCACAUCACUGGACCAAUGUAGACCGGAAAUGGUCAACGCCAGUCGGUUGCUGAACGAGAUGUGGAGACCAGAGCAUAUUGUUCUGAAGAGUCGACUGUGAACGGGAGUACUGCUCAAUAGAUAAACUGCACGCAGGCUCGUCCGACCAACUACAUAGCAAAAUGCAGCAUUGUUCAAGCAGGGUUAAUACUCUAACGCUCUUGGACGAUUGUCAGCUACAUGCGUUUGGAUGAACUUGUCUAGUGAUAUUCAUACAGCUUAUUAGCCGUGAUACCAA